AUGGCGGACGCUGUAUCUAUUGAGCAGACCAACAAGAUCCGAGUCUCUCUCGGACUCAAGCCACUCCCUGUUCCCGGUGCCGACGCCACCGGCCCCGAAUUCCGAGACGAUGACUCCUCCAGUGGAUCCGAAGACGAAGAAGAGGCAGCGAGCACACUCGAAACCCGACAAGAGCAAGGCUACGGCAACUGGAAGAAACUUCAAGAUGAAGCCGACGCGAAACGGCGCCGCGAAGAAAAGAACGCUGCCAUCAAGAAAGCGCGCGAUGAAGCCCAACGCAAGCUACAGCUGGAAGGUUCCACAUUGGGCGAUUCGGUUGGUGAUGAUCUCGACACCAAGGCCUGGUUGAUGCAGACCAAGAAGCGCACGAAAAAGAUCGAGAAGGAGCGCGCGCGCAGACUGGCUCAGGAGCUGGAGGAGCGCGAGCGCGAGGCUGCGAUUCAAUACACUGCUGAGGAUCUGGCUGGUGUCAAGGUCGGACAUUCUGUCGGUGCAUUCGAAGGUGGCGAGGACCAUAUUCUUACGCUAAAGGAUGCUGCGGUGGACGAUGAGGAGGAGGGCGAUGAGCUUGAGGAUGUGCACUUGGCGGAGAAGGAGAGGACCGAAGAGAAACUCGAGCUGAAGAAGCGCAAGCCCGUUUACGAUCCCACGGCUGAAAACCAAGGAAUUCUGUCGCAGUAUGACGAAGAAAUUGACGGCAAGAAGCGCAAGAGGUUUACCCUAGACGCCAAGGGGUCCACAGAGGAGGAACGUGAGGCCAAGCGACAAGAGGUCUCGGGCAAGUUAAGGAUGGGAGCCAUCAGCCUCGAGCUAGAGCCCGAGAUUGCGACUUCCGAUUACAUGGAUAUCAGCGAGAUCAAGGUCAAGAAGCCGAAGAAGAAAAAAGCCAAGACUACCAAGCAACGAGGGACUAUUGACGAUGAAGACCUUUUCCCUAGCACUGAAUCUAAUGGAGCCUCUAUGGACAUUGAUUCAGGCAAUGGAGCCUCGGCUCCCGUCCGAAAGCCGUUGGACCAGAAUGUCUCCUUUGUGGACGAUGACGACCUACAAGCCUCUCUUGCACUCCAGCGACGAGCUGCAUUCAAAAAGCGCAAGAAGAUGCGCCCUGAGGAUCUUGCUCAGCAGCUUCGUGAAGAAGAGUCUCAGACCCCGAUGGAGGUGGAGACACCUGAGGGAGAUGCGGAAGAACCUGGUCUCAUUAUUGAUGAGACAACUGAAUUUAUCUCCAACCUCCAGAAACCCACCAUCCCUGAACGGGAAGAGCGACAAAAGUCUACAGUCUCAGAAGACGCCAAGCCCAAGCCUGAGGAUGAGCCACAAGACGUGGACAUGGAACGCUCUUACAAUGACAUCGAAGAUGACGAGGACCUCGCUGAACGCAUCAAGCGCGAGGAAUCCGAGCGGGAGAAACAGGAGAUUACCGGUACUGGAUUGGAAGAAGAAGCUACUUUAGAUCAGGGUAUGGGAGCUGCUUUGUCCAUGUUGCGACGACGUGGUCUGGUGAAGGAUACUGGUGGCAGCGAUCGCAACGCUCUCAUGCGAGACCGCAUGCGCUUCAUUCAAGAAAAAGAGAACCGCGAAGCCGAAGCCGACCGACGUGCCCGACUGCAGCGUGAGCGCGACCGUGCUUCUGGUAAGCUCGACCGCAUGUCGGCCCGUGAGCGUGAGGAGCACGCCCGCUGGGAGAACAAGCAGCGAGACCAGCAGGAAGCCCGCCAGAUGGCCGAGAUCUUCAACAAAGAGUACAAGCCAGACGUGCAACUCAAGUAUGUGGACGAACACGGUCGCUCUAUGAACCAAAAGGAGGCCUUCAAGCACCUCAGUCACCAGUUCCACGGCAAGGGUAGCGGCAAGAUGAAGACGGAGAAGCGAUUGAAGAAGAUGGAGGACGAGGAUAAGCGCGAGGCCAUGAGUACUAUGGACAGCAGUCAACACACUGGCAUGAACAAUGCUAUGGGACAACAAGCCCGAAAGAACCGCCAGGCCGGUGUACGACUCGGCUGA